AUUCAUUCGUUGUCAGUUGUUGGGCGUUGAUCAGUCAUCACAUUACAAUUAUUUGUUUUUGUAUUUAAAAAUCUAAAUGUUUUGAAUGGUAAACUAUUUAAUUUCUUGUUUUGGAGUGUAUGUGAUAAACAUAAAUAACGUUACAACAAUAAAGUUCCAUUUAAUUGGAAAACACAACUAGAUAGAGACAAUGAAGAAUAGAAGUUUGGCCGGUAAUUGUGGCAUUGGCGUGUUUGUCAUUGCCCUUGUUACUGUGGCAUUGGCAUUCGGUACGCCCAGUUGGUUGGUCAGCGACUCCAGAAUAAGAGGCGCCAAAUUAGAUAGAUUGGGAUUAUGGAGUCACUGCUUCAGAUCGCUGCCAGAUCCUCUCGAUCAAUACCAAAGACGAUUCUUCGUUGGAUGUCGUUGGGUGUACGACCCCUUCACCACAGGAUAUGACAAGAUCCGUGGAUAUUUACUACCUGGUUUCAUGAUAGCGACACAGUUUUUCUUCACAUUGUGUCUGCUAGGAGUUUUGAUAUCUACAAUACUGGUAUUGAUGUUCUUCCUAUGUUGCGGACCAGAUCAAAACAGAUUUGUGACUCUGAUAAAGAGUAUUGGAUAUAUUAUGUUAGCUGCAGGUAUAUGUGGAGUAAUUGCAGUUAUAGUGUUUGCAUCAUUGGGAAACACAGAUGGCUGGAUGCCAGAUCAUCCCAACAAUUAUUUAGGCUGGUCCUUUGGUUUGGGUGUCGUCGGUUCCGUGGCGUGUUUAGUCACCGCUGCCCUCUUCCUGACCGAGUCUAACAUCCAAGCAAAGAAACGUAACAAGAUGAAAGAAUCUCAAGCUCGAUUUGAGUUAGAGUACGAAACGAAAGCAUAACGUUAAACAAAAAUCACAUUUAGAAUUAGUUUAAUGUUAAGAAAAUAGGUAUAUGAGCAUUGCUUAUUGUGUUACAUUAGAGAUGGAAGCCUAGCAACAAUUACAACAGAAAUCGGUCCCGAUUUCAGAAAGAUUUUCAUAUUUAUUACAAGAGUAUAAGGUUGAAAAUUAAUUAAAGAUAUUAAUGACUUAACUUAGCGACCAAAUUUUGUCUUUAUGACUGUUGAGGCCAUGAAGCAAGUACAAAGAGGAGAUGCCAUAGUGUGAUUGUACUGUGACACAAAAACUCCACUCUGCCUAAUGAUAUUAUAAGUAAAAAGGUGUAGGUAGGUUAUAAGCACUCGGAAAGUGGCACAUUCAAAUGUAGACAAUUGGCAAUUUUGUAAUAUUAUGGGAUUGCUAGAUGGAAAAUAGAGAAGGAUGUGGUUCGUAAUGUCUCGCGCGCCCCGUAAAGUGUCACGCAUUAUGUUAAAGGGAAAUCUAAUUACAUCAUCUCCUUUUUGUAUUUGCUUCAUGGAUAAGACUACCUGAAGCUGAGCUUGAGAUACACUAAGCAAUGUUUAUGUCUCGAAUUAUGUUUAGAUCUGAUGAAGAACCAUCCGUCCAAAAUGGUCUGCGCAAAGUCCAAUUUAAUAUUAUUAUGUAUGUUUUUUUUAUUAUUUUACCAGUAUUUUGCUUUAGUAAUACAUAAACAUAUUGUAGUAUAUGUAAUUAUGUUAGUUUACAUAUUUUUUCUAGUUCAGUUUGGUUUUUUGUAAUUUUACCAAAUAUGUGGACAAGACUUUUUAUAAAUGGUCUGGAUGUUUGAAUGAGUGCCAGAUUUGUUAUAUUAAUGGACUACCUCCACUAUUUUAUAUUGCCGAAAAUAUUUUGCUUUUAACAUUUCGUAUGUACUUUAAUAUUGACGAACUAUGUGUAUAGAUCACAACUGUAGACAUAUCGUUUAUUCUAAGGGUAACUAAUGCACAUCUUUUGAGCACUUUACAUAAUCAUACUUAUUGUAUAUCAUUGUUAUAGUGUAAAUGGUUUGUAGAAAUGACUUUUAAUAAUGUGCCUUUAAUAUGUAUUUCUUAAGUGAAUUCCAGAGAUAUAUUUUACAAUGCAGCUGCAUUUUAAGUACUUGAUAUUAUUAUAAAAGACAUGAUUUAUCAACGAUGUACCUUUUUAAAUACCGUCCUUUUUUUGUGUUGUUAUAUUAAGUAGAAAAUAAGAUUAUAAUUAGAUCUAUCUAAUUUUAUAUGUAUGAAACAAUUAACUGCCUUAUCACAAUAAAGUUUUUAUUUUAUUAAACUUAA